AUGUUGACCGAUGUUCGCAAGGGUAUAUCCUUCCCACCAGACACUUACAUUGAACAGCUUGCAUUCGGGCUGUACGUAGUGGAUGCGUUGCAACAUUACACGGGCACUCCGAAAAGCAUAAGCAUUUUCCAAAAUUGCAUCUUACUCAGCCUGCUUUGCUUUGCGGUGGAUGGCGAACUUUUCACAGCCCUCGCCGAGAUGGAGGAGCUGCUGGAAACCGAGGCUGUGCUGAUCACCAAUCUGGACAAUUAUGUCCAAGCGCAGGAGGACAAACUGAUGCAGUUACGGCAAAAAGUCCACGAGUACCGGCGGGAACAUACGGAAGCUGCGCGGGAUGUCAGCACGUACCUGUCGAAUCCGGUGAACGCCUUUCUGCUAACGAAGCGACUAACGACGGAUUGGCGGUACGUGGAAAACCUCAUGACGUAUGAGGUCGGUAAAGAGUUCCUGGAGAAUGUGACCAGCUACCGGAGUGUGCUGAAGUUUCCCUCCGAUGAAGAUCUCAACGGUGCUGCGGUGGCUUUAAUGCGCCUGCAGGACACGUACAACCUCGACACGGCCAGUGUGGCUCGAGGUAUGCUGAACGGGGUCCAGUACAGCACCGAGCUGACUGCUGGAGAUUGUUUCGAGCUGGGACGUCAAAGUUAUCUUAACGGGGACUACUACCACACGGUUCUGUGGAUGCGUGAGGCGAUGGAUCGACUCACCAGCGAAGUCAACCGAACAGCCACAAAAGAGGACGUUUUGGAGUACUUGGCAUUUUCCACUUUCAAACAAGGUAACAUCCAAACGGCCCUCUCAAUGACGGAGGAACUGCUGGAAUUAGUGCCAGAUCAUGAGCGAGCUGUCAGCAACAAGGCGUAUUACGAGAAGGAGCUUCAGAAGGAGGCACAGCAAAAGAUUCUACGUGGCGAUGACGGCAGUGAGGAGGUGCCCAUCGACACCACCACGAAAAUCCAAAAAGAAGCUACAGCACACGUGUACGAUUCCAACGAGCGAAAGCUAUAUGAACAGCUAUGUCGCGGUGAACAACAGCCGCCUAUUGAGCUGCGCUCUAAAUUAGUUUGUCGAUACACUACCAACCGAUCAGCGUUCUUGCGCAUCGGUCCACUGAAGCUUGAGGAAGCCUACCUGAGGCCCUAUAUCGUAAUCUACCACGAUGUCAUGUCAGACCACGAGAUUGAUCGCAUAAAGCAGUACGCUCGGCCACGAUUCCGUCGUGCUACGGUACAAAACUACAAGACGGGUGAGCUCGAGUUUGCCAACUAUCGCAUUAGCAAAUCUGCCUGGCUGAAGGAUGCCGAGGACGAUAUGAUUCGCACCAUCAGCCGACGCGUUGAGGAUAUGACGGGUCUGACGAUGGAGUCAGCCGAGGAGUUACAGGUGGUCAACUACGGCAUAGGAGGCCAUUACGAGCCACACUUUGACUUCGCACGUCGUGAAGAACGCAACGCUUUCAAGAGCCUUGGCACUGGCAAUCGAAUCGCCACCGUGCUCUUUUAUAUGAGUGAUGUCACGCAGGGUGGAGCAACCGUGUUUCCAUCGCUGCAUUUGGCAUUGUGGCCGCGAAAGGGAACUGCAGCUUUCUGGUACAAUUUGCAUGCUUCGGGUCACGGUGACUACGCAACGAGGCAUGCUGCCUGCCCAGUGCUGACUGGAACCAAAUGGGUUUCUAACAAAUGGAUUCAUGAACGCGGCCAGGAGUUUCGAAGACCGUGCAAGCUCUAUGCGGACCAUCAGGUGGAAGAGUUUUGA